CAAGAGUAAAGUGUAGGGUGAAUGAAUGAAGGGCAUUGCCACAGGUGUGUGUAUUCUUGUUUUAACAGAAACAUUACGUUACUGAUAUUGCUUCGUUGAAGUUGACCCAUCCCUAGGUUACGAUCUGAGAAUCAAUGUCCGGUCGAUCCGGAAAUCGCUCAAAAACUCAGUUGCCUUGAUUGAAUGAAGAGUACAAUGUUCUACAACUUGAUUAAUCUUACUUAAAAUUGAUGGCAAUUAUAAGUUUCAUAAAAUAAAAGGGGAAUUUGUUUGUAUACAAUAAUGAAAACGGUAGAAACCCAAUCGAUGGAAGGGCUUAAUGUCAACAAAUAUCGUUUUUCCCUGCAAAAUAUUGUGCGUCGGGAAGUGUCUCCGCUGAAAUCGUACGAUAAAACAUCCAACAGUAAAACUCAACGAAAAUAUUACAAAAAACUUAGGAGAUAUCCUAUAGUUUCUUUGAUCAGAUGGCUAAGACUUCUAUCGCCUGAUUCUUAAACUGAUUUAUCCUAUGAAGAUAACCGGAAGCUUGCGUCAACUUCAUUAACUAAGAAAAGUGAAUGUCGGAAUUUGAAUGAGAGAACAAUGAAAAAAAA